AUGGCCUUGAGUGCGGCGAGAGACGAUGAGAUCGCGAGGUGUGCUGACGAACCUUCUGAAAACGGCACAGCGGGAGUCGCCGCUUACGCCGGCGCGAACCACAGUCCCUACCGCAGCCUGGCCGCUGCGGUCGCCGCACAACGCCCGAUUUGCAUCGUCGGCCGGAAUCCUUUGCGACCAGAGGGACCAGACAGGACGCAGGGACCAGCUGCUGGCAUAUAA